GGCUCAGAGUGACAUUGAAGUCCGGGUGUCCCAGUUGACUGCUGAUCUCACCAGACUGCUGGAAGCUGACAGGAAAAAGAUGGACUCAGAGAGAGAUCCCAGCACUCAAACCCAGAACACAAUACAGAACCUGGAGCGAAUCCACAGCCACUACAUACAACUCCAGAGUCAGCUCCUGGGGUCUGCGCUCACUGUGAUGGCAGGUCAAGCUCAUGUGACCUCUAACCCCAGAGUGAACCCUGCCCUCUGCCCUCUACGUGACCCUAUGGAGUGUAGCCAUCAGUCCAGCUGUCAGCCUGCUCCUCUUCAGAUUUCCACAGCACCGUCCACCGCCCAGCAGAGAGUUGGAGGAGCUGGUCAGAGGCCCCUGGAGACCCCUGGCCCUUGUGGGAUGGUUCCCAGGUCCAGUUCAGGGUCGCUGGUCUGGACCAGACCACAGAGAGCAGCGACAACAGCCAGCACAAAGCAUGGAGGAAGUGACAGACACCUUGAGGCCGUCAGUAACCAACGUAGCCCCCAAACUGGAGCCACUGCAGCAGAGACUGACCCAGUUACCAUAGCAACACCCAGCAACGACCUCCCGCAGCAAAACAGGAGCAACCAGCACCACCCAGAGGCUCCUGCCAUUCCUACAGCAAUCCAGUCACCUGCUGGAAGUCAUGUUCAGGCUUUAGCCAAUCACCGCCAGUCUGCAGUGAAGCGAGCCAAACAGGUGCUGCAGGAGACGGCACAGCAGAACACGCAGAUGGAGUGGUUCCAUGCCAAGGAGAUCAGACCAUCCAACCCAAACCCUCUUGCUGUCUUUAGCCCUGGAGGGAGAGCCUGCCUUUCCUCCUCCUCCUCCUCUCAGCCUCCUCUUCCUCCUCCCGUCAUCUCCAGACAGCCUCAACACAGCCAGGACAGCAGCAUCCUGUCUCUCCACAGAAAGCCCGUGGUUCCCUCCAUGUUUGAGGAGGCUGGCCAGGUUCUGCGCCAGGUCCAGAGACAGCGGAAGGUUCUAGAGGAGAACCUGGAGGCCAUGUUACGAGCAAAAGACACAGAGCUUCUGAACUAUCAGCUGGAGGCCGUGUCUACGAACAGAGAUUACAGUGAAGAGGUGCAUAUUAAGAGGAUGGUGGACGCUUGGAUCAGCAGCCUUACCAAAGACAUCCAGGCUGAAAUGACCUCACACACCAACAGUCCAGUCAAAGACUCCUCUAAAGGCAGAGAUGCUCCUCUCACGCUCCAGAAGAAAGCCACCGGGAGCAGAAAAGUGAAGGAGCGGCUACAGAGCAUGCCCAGAAAAGCAGGGAUCAAGAUGGAGGAGAGAGGAGGUGGAGGACAGACGGACAGGAACUUGGAACAGAAGGAAGCAUCUGGUCGACUCCGAGCUGGACAGAGAGCGAGUGCAGCAGAUCCCGGCCGUGGAGAGAGAGAGGGAGAAAGACAGAAAUGUCUGAUGCGUCUCUAUGGCAGGGCUCCAUAUGAGGGCCACAGGCGGACCCUGAGGAGCCCAUACCUGCGAUUCAGCUCACCUGCCUCGCCCAGAAGGAAGUCAGCCCGGCCUCGUCUGGUGGAGAGGAUCACAGGAGUGAAAGUGAAAACCACAAAGACACAGACCAACUUGGCUCCACCCAUUUCUUCUCCUCUUUGCUCAUCAGCUGGGCAACCACUCCAUUACAUCUUCAGACCCUUCCACAUGACCCCCGGUGUGACCUGUGAGCGUCCAGUGAACCCUGUGGAGGGUUCCCUCAUCCCCAUGGCCAUUCCUCUCGGCCAGCCGAGGAUAGACACUGCUCUUCCUCAGCCCUCCAGGGUUCUCUUGUUUGAUGACUCCCUCUCCCAAGCCCAGACCACCACCCCCUCAGGGCCCCAGAUGUCCAACAAGGCCACCCUGCCGGGCAUUUCUGAGAGCGUCACAGCAGCUCAGUCACAGAUGAUGGCCAUAGCUGAGAGUGAGCUUGAAGAAGAGGAGGAGGAAGAGGAAAGCAUGUUUCCUGGAACAGAUUUCCUGUCAGUCACUGAUGUCGUCCAGGAGGAGAGUGCUGUGUCUGAGAAGGUGAUGGAGUUGUCUGGCCAGGCAUCUUCUCCAGUUGUCAUGUACCAUGGACCCUCCUUCCCUCCUCAGCCCUCUGUGGCUCCACCUGAGCAGGAGCACACCUCCGCCUUUGGCCUCAUCCAGCAGAGAGAGACCCUGGAGUCUCGGUUGGUGGACUGGGUGGAGCAACAGUUGAUGGCCAGGAUGAUCUCAGAAAUGUACCGCCCUCCUCCCUCUGACCCCGCCCACAAUGAUUCCAUCCUCCAAUCAGAGCUGGAGCAUCAGAGCGUGGCCUCAGAGAUUGUGCAGGGUGCAGAGGGAGGGUGUGUCCAGCUCUUUGUCGAUGCAGGUCUUCCAGUGGAUUCGGUGCUGCUCAGACAGCUGGUGUGUGAAGCGGUGGCUGAGACUGUGUCUGUGAUGCUGGGACAGAACACAAAGAUACCCGGCCAGGAACCAACAGCACCACAGGAGAGUUUGAUUCCUACCCCAGUCCUCACCCCAGAGCCCAAUUCAGCUGAGCCCAGCCAACAGCUCCCCCUCCUGGCCACGCCUCUUCCCUCUGAGCCCACCAGCCUGGAGCACAGCCCCCAUCCAGAGCCCACAGAGGCCACGCAACAGGCUUCAGCCACAGAGACUGAUCCAGAGCCAGUAGCCACACCCCUCUCCACCCCAGAGCCCUCCCCUCCUGGCACCUCCCACAGCCUCCUGCCCCGGGUAGACACUCAUCUCCCCCUGGAUGAGGAGGACCCAAACUACAAACUGAAGACACACGCACAGUCCAGACCACGACCUCUGGUGAUGUCAGUCGAAGAAAAGGAGCCUGUUCUUUCCUCUCCUUCUCCACCUCCCUCCAGACUUCCACCCCAGACUCCCUCUUCUCCCACCCUCUCUUCAACCUCUGCCCCCAGGCCUGAGCCGACACAAUUACCCCCCACUUCCUCCGGAGACAGUAGUACUAGUAGUAGUACUUCUAGCAGUAGUAGUACUGGUAGUAGGUCCUCAGUCACAGUGGGGACGGACACAGCCAUGAAACACAUCUCAGAGGGAGAACUGAUUAUCAACCCCAACCAGCUACUGACUACGACAGCUCUGCAGGAGGACAGUGUAUCUUUUCUAGGCACUAGUAGCUUCUCAAGUUCUCUCCAGGAGCUACAGGACAUGGAAUUUGACCCCCCCAGUGAGGGGCAGGUCAAAGUUCACCACAACCCUCUCCUGACCCUGCUGGCCAAGAUCGACCGGGGACUCUCGCACACUCAGCGCGAGGGCUUCUGGGAGGAGGAGGGGGAGGAGGUGAGCAUGGGGGAGGUAAAUGGACAUCAGAGGUUCUCCCUGCUGGAACCCAGUGACAGGAAUACCAAACCAAAAAGGACUACAAAUGCCAGGAGCAUGGUCUCAGAGACUACAAAUUCCAUCAGCUGUGGGAGGAGUUUGUCAGCCGGGCAGAGGCAAGCGUCCUCUCCUGGACAACUGUCUAUGUGUGAAGAUCUCACCCAGCUGAGUUUUGAAGUGACCAAUCAGAGCCUUGUUACCAUGGGAGACCUGGCAGUUGAACUAGUCAGGACUAGUGUGGUGAUCUCUGACCUCCAGACUGAUCAAUCAUUUCCCCACCCAUCAUUGAAGGACACACACACUUCAGCACAGGCUGAGGCUGGACCCCUACAGACCCCUGAGGCCCUCAGGCCGGCUCCCAUCAUGGUCAGACAGUAUGAGGAGACAGACCCAGGACACACAGAGCAGGAGGAGCCCAGUGGAGCAUCCAGGAAGACGUCCGUCCAUCUUCCCAGUGUGGUGCCGGAGCAGAGAGAGGAGGAGGAGGAGGUCGGUUUGGAGGGACCAGCAGACACAGAUUCCUCUGCCAAUGGAGUGUUCUAGAAGAAAGUGUGGGUGGUAGACAUGAUAUCUAGAAGAAAGUGUGGGUGGCAGACAUGACCUCUAGAAGAAAGUGUGGGUGGCAGACAUGAUAUCUAGAAGAAAGUGUGGGUGGUAGACGUGAUCUCUAGAAGAAAGUGUGGGCAGUAGACAUGAUAUCUAGAAGAAAGUGUGGGUGGUAGACGUGAUCUCUAGAAGAAAGUGUGGGCAGUAGACAUGAUAUCUAGAAGAAAGUGUGGGUGAUAGACGUGACCUCUAGAAGAAAGUUGUGGGUGAUAGACAUGAUAUCUAGAAGAAAGUGUGGGUGAUAGACAUGAUAUCUAGAAGAAAGUGUGGGCAGUUGACAUGAUCUCUCGAAGAAAGUGUGGGCAGUAGACAUGAUAUCUAGAAGAAAGUGUGGGUGGUAGACGUGAUCUCUAGAAGAAAGUGUGGGUGAUAGACAUGACCUCUAGAAGAAAGUGUGGGUGAUAGACAUGAUAUCUAGAAGAAAGUGUGGGUGGUAGACGUGAUCUCUAGAAGAAAGUGUGGGCAGUAGACAUGAUAUCUAGAAGAAAGUGUGGGUGGUAGACGUGAUCUCUAGAAGAAAGUGUGGGCAGUAGACAUGAUAUCUAGAAGAAAGUGUGGGUGAUAGACAUGACCUCUAGAAGAAAGUGUGGGUGAUAGACAUGCUAUCUAGAAGAAAGUGUGGGCAGUUGAUAUGAUCUCUCGAAGAAAGUGUGGGUGGUAGACGUGACCUCUAGAAGAAAGUGUGGGUGAUAGACAUGACCUCUAGAAGAAAGUGUGGGUGAUAGACAUGAUCUCUAGAAGAAAGUGUGGGCAGUAGACAUGAUCUCUAGAAGAAAGUGUGGGUGGUAGACAUGAU